AGAGAGAACUCGGAGCGGACAUCAGCUGAUCGAGUCAACAUGGCCGCGGGACUUGGCAACACGGCUACCCGCUUGCCUUUAAUCGUCAUUUUGGGCGCUACCGGUACAGGAAAAUCCAAACUGGCCCUGGAAAUAGCAGCACGAUUCCAGGGAGAGAUCAUCAGCGCGGAUUCCAUGCAGGUAUACCGCGGGCUGGACAUCAUCACCAACAAAGUCACCAAAGAGGAGCUGGCCCAGGCACCACACCACCUCUUGGGCUUCCUGGACCCUUGGCACGCUUUCACUGUCACUGACUUCCGAAACGCGGCACUCCCUGUCAUUGAGAGGCUGCAGAGGGAGAGGAAGGUGCCGGUGGUGGUGGGUGGCACUAACUACUACAUCGAGGCACUGCUCUGGAAGGUGUUAGUUGAUAGUGAUGGUGAUAGUGGUGGUGAUAGUGCCAAGUUGAUUUAUGAAAGAGAUUGUGAAGUGUAUGGUGGUGAUGAUGUGUCCAGAGUGAGUGCCAGUGGUGGUGAUGGUGGUGGUGGCGUGUGUGAUGGUGAAAAGGCUUGUUCUGGGUCUGUGCGGCACUGUGAAGGGUCUACAAUGAAGAGUGCCAGUGAAAAAUGUGAUUCUGGCAGUGAAACGCAUAGUGGAAAGUGCCGUUUGACUAGAGCCACUGGGAAAAUUGGUGAAUCUGGCACUGAAAACCCAGAUAGAGUCAGUGAAAACCUUAGUGCCAGUGAAAACAAGGCCACAGAAACCAACAGUGCCACAGAAACACACCCAAAUGGCACUGAUCCAGACCAGAGAGGGUGCCAGGGGAGCAGUGCCACAGAGAAGAAGCGUGACCUGUCUGGCAGUGACCGGCACUCCCCUAAACGUACAAAAGUAAGCUCGGAAAACAGUGCCAGUGAAAACAAAGAGAAGGAAAACGAAUUUGAAAAACGAGAGAAUGAAGAGAAAAAAGGAGGAGGAGGAGGAGGAAGAGAAGAAGGAAGAGGAGGAGGUGGAGGUAAACGAACAAGAAAAACCCCAGAAAACAGUGCCAGUGAAAACGAGGAGAAAGAAAACAAAAAUGGAGAAAAUGAAAAACAGGGGAGCAGAGAGAAAAAAGUGGAGAAAAUGGAGGAGGAGGAGGAGGAGGAUACAGUGUGGCAAGGAACAGAGGAGGCAACAGAUGUCCUAUAUGCUCGCUUGAAGGAAGUGGACCCAGAAACAGCAGCAUCCUACCACCCCAAUGAGAGGAGGAAGAUUAUAAGGUCCUUGCAGGUGUGGGAGCAGACGGGGCGGCCACACAGCGCUAUCCUGAGGGAGCAGCGCCAGCAGGAGGGGGGGUCUGGCCUGGGGGGAGCCCUCAGAUACCCCAACACUCUUAUCUUCUGGCUGACGUGUGACCAGGACGUCUUACUGGCCAGACUGGACGCGCGAGUGGACGAGAUGAUAGAGCGGGGCCUUCUGCAGGAGCUCACCGCCUUUCACGCCUCCUACAACGCGGGGCGGGUGGCGGCGGGGGGCGGGGUUGCCGACUACACGAAGGGCGUCUUCCAAAGUAUUGGCUUUAAGGAAUUCCACAAGUUUCUGGUGUUGGGGGAGGAGGAGAGGGCGUCGGAGGGGGGGCGGAGGCUGUACCAGGCUGGGGUGGAUGCCAUGAAGCUGGCCACUCGUCAAUACACCAAGAAACAGCUGAGGUGGAUCAAGAACCGUUUUCUUUCGCCAUCUGACAGAAAGGUCCCCCCGGUGUUCACCCUGGAUGCCACCGACCCCUCCCUCUGGAGUGCCACGGGGGAACCUGCCAGGGGGGUGGUGGAGGCAGUGAUAGCGGGAAGAGUGCCACCCCUCCCCCCCGCCAACCCUCCCCUGGGGCCAGACAGCGCCAGGAGAAACACGAAGAGCCGGCAUGAGUGUGAGGUGUGCCAGAGGGUGUUGAUUGGUGACCACAUCUGGCUGGCCCACCUCAACGGCGCCCGCCACAGGAAGAUGGUGAAGCGAAGGGCGGCUCUACUCAACGCUGAUGGCAACACUGCUGGUGGUGGUCGUGGUGGCAACACUGAUACUUCUGGUGGUGAUGGUGGUAGAUGAGGUGGUGGUGGUGGUGGUGGUGGUGGUUGAAUUCAUUAGUGUUUUAUUUUUUUU